GUCAUUUUCCCAUUUUAACUUCCAUUGUUAACCAUCGACACAACUGGCUUGGGCAGCAUGGCAGAUGGCUCAGAGGCGUACAAUAUUGACGCUUUCCCCAACGCCGAUUUCUCAGCUAGAGAACUGCCGCGUCCCAGCUUCAGCAGAACGCAAGAUGUUCGUGGUUUGGUCAAGCACGUCAGGACGGUAGCUUGGUCUUGUGAUGGUAAGAAAGCGGCAACUGGUGGAGAAUAUAAGGAGAUUCAAGUAUGGGACGAGUCUCUUGACUCUAAAACGACAACACCUUUACCGUCAGCUUCAAAACCAAGCCCUCAUAACCACCAUGUUUCGUCUAUCGCUUGGUCUCCUGUCGAUCCAAACAUUUUGGUAUCUGCCGACAAGACAUUUAGCGUGGGCAGCGUCAUCGCGGUCUGGGACGUCACCUCCCCGUCUGCACCUAUAGCAACUUUCAAAACGCCUGGAGACGUAAUUAACCUCGCCUGGCAUCCAUCUGGUCAACAUUUUGCUGCCGUCUACCCCGUCAAAAGCCGCGACCUGGUCGACUUUUUCCGACUCUCGUUCAGUGAGAGUGGUGAACCAAAAUGGGAAAAGAGAGAGGACAUCACUCUUGGGGGCCUUUCACAUGGUAUAGGAUCAGAAGAGAUCAAUAGUCUGAGAUUCAUCAAUUCUGGUCAAUUGGUUUGUGCAGUGUCAAAUGAUGGCUCGGUCAGUGCUUGGGUUUAUCCUGUAGAGAGUGUGCGAGUGGAUUUGGUAGAGGAGCAAGUAGAGCCGGAGCCGGAGCAAGAACGAGAACAAGAACGAGAACAAGAACAAGAACAAGAACACGAACAAGAACAAGAACAAGAGCAAGAACAAGAACAAGAACAAGAGCAAGAACAAGAACAAGAGGAGAAGGAGGCUGAGGUAGUCACGGAGGAGAAGGAAGACGAAGUAGUAACGGAGGAGAAGGAAGACGAGCUAGCAACGGAGGAGAAGGAAGACGAGGUAAUAGCGGAGGAGAAGGAAGACGAGGUAGCCACGGAGGAGAACGAAGAAAAGGAAGACAGGGAAGAUAAGGAGGAAGACCAAAACGAAGAAAACAAGCAAGACGUGGAGGAUGGUCCCGCGACGCCCGAGUUACCAGCUAUAGAAACGCCCACUGAACGACCUUUGGGGGACGUUAAACCUGCUGAGAACAACGGCGAUGUUGAAAUGACAGAAACUGAGAAUGCCGACGCAAAAGCAAAUGAGGAAUCAAAAGGGGAGGAAGCGCCAGAGACUAACAAGCCCGAAUUUCAAGAUGUGGAGAUGGUCGACGCUGCACAAUCCAACACUCAACCGUCCUCUGUCCAACCCAGCCGACAAUCCUCUCCUCCACCCCCCACCAAGACAUCCCCUAAACCCCGUGCACAGCCAUUGAAGAGGUAUCGACAUGAUGUCUGCUAUGCGGCCAGUUUACUAAGUCUGGCGUAUGAUCCAAGAGGGAGAUAUUUCGUGGUAGGAGGGCAGGAUGCGUUGCUGAGCCUGUUCGAUACGAAGGAAUGGAUAUGUGAAAAGAGUUUUGAUGUUUGCACUGCGGCGAUACGGCACACUGCGUUCUCGUAUGACGGGGAGUUUGUAGCGAUCGGAGGGGAUGAUCUGUUCAUUGCCAUCGUAUCAGUCUAUACCGGCCAAACUGUUGCCAAAAUCCCGAUCCCGGCAGCUGUUAACGCGCUUUCAUGGAAUCCCAAUAAGAACUCUUUAGCAUACUGUCAUCAGGGAAAAGGUGGUGUACCGUUAUGGCACAUCGUGCACCAAGAGUAAUAAUACAAAAUGCAU